AUGUCAUCGGCAGAGAUACAAGAGAAGAUAUCGGCGGCGCGGAGAGAAGCGGAUGCGCUGAAAGAUAAGAUCAGAGCGGCAAAGGAUCAAACUGCCGAUACCAGUCUCCGAGCGAUGGCCAACGAUACACCACCAUUACCACGUAUGACCCUAAAAGUACGUCGGACGUUGAAAGGGCACCUAGCCAAGAUAUACGCCUUGCAUUGGGCAGCCGAUAAACGUCAUUUGGUAUCAGCUUCGCAAGAUGGGAAACUGAUCGUUUGGGACGCAUACACCACGAAUAAGGUUCAUGCUAUCCCACUGCGUUCAAGUUGGGUGAUGACUUGUGCUUAUGCGCCAUCGGGGAACUUUGUCGCCUGUGGUGGAUUAGAUAAUAUCUGUUCAAUCUAUUCCCUCCGGGGUGCUUCGCCAGGUGGACCAGGGGGAGGUCAAGUGAAAGUUGCUCGAGAACUUUCGGCGCAUUCUGGUUAUCUGAGUUGUUGUCGGUUCAUCAAUGAUAGACAGAUUGUCACUAGUUCGGGAGAUAUGACUUGUAUGUUAUGGGAUAUAGAACAAGGUGUGAGAACGAUGGAGUUUAAUGAUCAUACGGGUGAUGUGAUGAGCAUUUCUCUCGCUCCAAAUGCGAAUCUCUUCGUAUCUGGUGCUUGCGACGCUACAGCCAAAGUGUGGGAUAUCAGAACUGGUAAAUCCGUACAGACUUUCACAGGUCAUGAAUCAGAUAUCAAUGCUGUACAAUUCUUUCCUAAUGGCGAUGCAUUCGCUACCGGGUCAGACGACGCCACCUGUAAACUCUUUGAUUUACGUGCCGAUCGAGAACUCAACACCUACGCUCACGAUAACAUAUUAUGCGGUAUAACCUCGGUCGCAUUCUCCAUCUCGGGUCGAGUCCUGUUUGCGGGAUAUGACGAUUACAAUUGUAAUGUCUGGGAUACGCUGAAAGGGGAGAGAAUCGGUGUCUUGGCGGGUCACGAAAAUAGAAUAUCAUGUAUGGGUGUUAGUGGAGAUGGCGUGGCGUUAUGUACAGGAAGCUGGGAUAGCUUGUUAAAGGUGAGGUUAACUUGA